AUACACGGCUGUGACAGCAAUAGAAGACCUUUUCUCCUCCCUUUUCAUUCUUUUCCUUUUUUACUCUCAAGCAUUGAGACUUUUUUUGCGUUUCCAAGCUGAGAGCAUCUAGACGAGAUGCAAGAGAAGGUGGGGGGAGCGAGAGAAGGAAAGUUGGAGUUUCGGAGGGCAGAACGAGUGAGAGAUUGAGACUGUGUUGGAAUGCGCUGAUACAUGGGAACAGUCUGCUUAUCUCCGUUUGUCCCCUUGUCAGUCAUACCGCGGCGCACACUCAUACACUUGGGAACGCUGGAGGCUCCGUUUGGAAAGGUGGUGAUUAACCCCUUCCCCCUCGUUCCUCCGUCUGGUUCUUCUACCUGCACUCGUCUGGACUCGUUCAGUGAGUAAAGACACAGAGGGACAGGAAGGAAGAGAGAUGAGAUAGAAGGAGGGAGAGGACAAUUAGUUCUCUGUGGAAGACGGUGGAAAUCCAGGCGGCAUUUGGACACCUGUGGAACACAGUUUUGGAUAUUCUACUAGAGUGAUUUGAUUGGACAUUUCAAAUGGAAUACCAAGUGAGUGACUGAUGAACUGACUUGAUUGGAUUCACUCGAGUUUACCCAGCAUUUCUACGCUAUGUCUAAACCUUCACGACUUGCUCGCCCAUCCUCGGUGGGUCCUGGCUCCAAGCUCUCCAAGCCUCCGGUCAAUGGAACGACACAUUCACAGAGCACGCAAAACACUAAUAUAAAGGAAGAGGAGGAGAUGGGCCAACCAAGAAGCAGAAUCAGUCCACCUAAAGGGUCCUCCGCAACCACAACCCAGCAACAAGUCACACAACCCAAACCUCUGAAGGGAAAUCUAAAGGUGACUUCCAGCGAAGACGCUGAGCACCUGGCCCGUAAACAUCAGGUUGUUUCUGCUAACAGCCCAGGUAGCCGCUGUGAGGCCAAAUCCAGCCGUGCAGGGGCUCCACGAAGACACACGGUGGGCGGACCGCGCAGCUCACAGGAGAUCCUGGCCAUGCAGCCCUCAGAUAUGGAUAAAAAACGAGAGGCCUUUUUGGAACAUCUGAAGCAGAAGUACCCACACCAUGCCUCUGCCAUCAUGGGCCAUCAGGAGAGACUCCGAGAACAGAGCCGAGGCCCUAAGCAGAGUGUGGCGUGUUCAAGUCCAGUGCCUGUGUUUGUGGAUCAGGUGGAGCACGGCUCACUGGUCUCUCUAGAUGCUCUGGACGUCAUGUCUGAGUGCGACAUGCCUAUGGCCUUCACCCGAGGCUCCCGGUCUCGAGCCAGUUUGCCCGUGGUCCGCUCUACCAACCAGACCAAAGAUCGCUCACUAGGGGUGUUGUAUCUGCAGUAUGGAGAUGACACAAAGCAGAUACGCAUGCCUAAUGAGAUAACAAGUGUAGAUACAAUCAGAGCUCUGUUCGUUAGUGCCUUCCCUCAUCAGCUCAACAUGAAGAUGCUGGAGUCGCCCAGCACCGCCAUCUAUGUGAAAGACGAGACCAGGAACGUGUACUACGAGCUCACUGAUGUCAGGAGCAUCACGGAUCACUCCUGCCUAAAAGUGUACCAUAAAGAUCCAGCGCACGCCUUCAGUCACGGAGCCCGGCCAAGCAAUGGCGACGCAAGGGUUCACAGGGAGAUGAUGUAUGCUGGACCGAGUGGUCAUCCUCUCCGCCAGCCCCCGAUGGGUCCUCCUCCACCCCAUAUGCAGGGCUCCAUGUCCCCUACCACACCUCAUGCGAUGCCCCCCUCCCCAUCCCGUAUUCCCUUCGGGCCACGCACCUCAGGAGGUGGGGUUGCCACGGUGCCACGUGAACGAGCAGGACACACACUCCCCGCCCCCGCUCGUGCAUCCUCCCCCUGCCCAAGCGCAAUCCUCGAGCGGCGUGAUGUCAAACCUGACGAAGACAUAGCUGCAAAGAGCAUGUCGCUGCCCGCCCGAGCCGAAAGUCAUUAUGCUGACCCCUAUAUGUUACAUCACCAUGCCCCGCCCCCUGACACAGUAGACCACGCCUACCACCGUGCCGCCAUGCGCUCGUACAGUAACCCCGGCGUUCCCAUAGAGCCCACGGACCAUCCUUCACUCUUCCGACAGAAAAGCAGGAAGUACACAGAUAGCCAGCUACCCAUGCUAGGCUCCAAAACCCCUCCCCCUUCCCCACACCGGAUGGGCGAGAUGCGAGUGAUGGACAUUCACACAGUCCAACCGCAAAGUUCCAUGACUCUUGAAAGGGCAUCACCUAUCAGACAAUCAUUUAGGAAGGAGGCUCCUCUUGCUAUGGAUACCAUGGUAAAGGCAAGGGGUGGCAUGGGGUCCCCGGCCACCCCUGAUCUUCAGGUUCACAAUCCUCUUGCCCCCUCACCAGACCCUCAGACACGUGAGAAACCAGUAUCCAAGUCCGGAUCACCGGCUCACAGCACAUCCAGCACAGGAGGAUCUCCCAUAUUAGCGCCAAAAGUUGCUGCAGCGACUCCUGAGUGUAGCCCCACCCCUACACCACCACUAGGCCCCGCCCCCUUGCAUGUUAACCUACACCUGUUCAGGAAGAAUGUCUCUGAGCUCCGCCUCCAACUGCAACAUAUGAGACAAUUACAGCUGCAGAAUCAGGAGUGUAUGCGUGCUCAGAUAAAGCGUGCGGAGCAAGAGAUCAGUGUAAAGCUGGUUGAAAUGCUGAGACGACAGGAAGAUCCAGCACAGAAACAGAGGACACUGGUGGAGGAACAGAGACAUCGAUAUCUCAGCAUGCAGGAAAGAGUUCUCAUUCAGCUAGGGGAUCUGGAGCAGUAUGUGGACACACUGCGGACUGACUCCAGCCCUGCUGUGUCUCAGAGAGCCGUGACGCUGAAGGAGGUAGAGGAGGGAGCUGUCGGUCUGAGGAAGGUGGGCGAGAACCUGGCUGGACUGAAAGGGGAGUUUCCAGCUCUUCAAUCCCACAUGCGGGCGGUGCUCAGGGUGGAGGUGGAGGCCGUUAAGUUCCUCAAAGAAGAGCCGCACAAGCUUGACAGCAUGCUGAAGAGAGUCCGAACGCUCACGGACACACUCAGCAACCUUCGCAGGUCUGCCACAGAUAGCCUGCUGAAACCCUCUGACCCUGUUUCCUCAACACCUGCCUCAGAAAAACCAGAAUCCGCUGUGGUUCAGUCCCUCGAGACUGUCUCCGUUGCACCUCAGAGCUCCACAGUGAGGUCCGAGGUUAUGAAGUCGAACCCUGUGGUGAUCCACCAUGCCCAGGCCUCUCCGGUAGCCUCACAACAAUCCCAGCAAUCAACAGCACCCUCACCCAUUCUCCCUGCCACACAAAGACAACAGUCUACCCCUUCACCCACCAAACAGCUCAAAAAACCCUCACUCGAGCAGACACUAAUACCAAAUAACAGCAGUAAUGGAGUCUCUUCUAAUGGCAUUCAUGGCAAAGGCCCUUCUCCAAACUUAAUUGAGGAGAUCCAAUCAAGCCGCAGCAAGAACAAGAACAGAGCUGUGUCAAUAGAGGCUGCAGAGAAAGAAUGGGAGGAGAAGAGGCAGAACAUGGGUCAUUAUGAUGGGCAGGAGUUCGAACGGAUGCUCCAGGAAGCAGAAGCCAACAUGCUGAGAGGAAUACCAAACCUUGAGGUGCCCAGCGAACCUGAGGGCUCCCCUGCAGUGGUUCCUGCCUCCCUGCAGGAGGUGGUAGAUAAAAAUGAGCUCACAGCAGCACCAGCAGAACAGGAUGACAAUCAGUCAACUUCUGAGAAACCUGCUAAGACUGCUCCAGAGAAACCUCCCAAGCCUCUGGAGAAACCAGUUAAGUCAGCUUCGGAGAGACCUAUUAAACCCAACCUCUCCAUCAAAUCCAGCCUGGAGAGACAAAGUAAGACUCAGGAAAAAGUUGUUAAGCUUCAGACCACAGAGAAAGCCAACAAGUCUCCUCCUCCACCCCCACCUCGACGAAACUACACCACCAAUACUGGAAUGACCACCACCCGAUCUGGAGAGGUCAUUUACACCAGCAGAAAGGAGUCUGUAAUGGAGGGUGAAGAGGAGUCCAACGGUACAGCAUCUAAACCAGAACCAAAAUCCUCUCCAGAGGUGAAGCCCAAACCCAUCACUCCUCCACCCAUCGCUGCCUCUGCUAUCACUGAGGAAGAGGAUGAGGGAGACAAGAUUAUGGCAGAGCUACAGGUUUUCCAGAAGUGCUCUUUUAAGGAGGUAGGGCUCAAGGGUUUGGUAGAGCCACAGAUCAGAGAGCUAAGACCUGGGGUCUUACUGCCCCAUAAAAAUAAGAAGAAUACUGAAAACCAAGACGACAAGAACCCUGACACAGAUGAGAAUGCCAACAAUACUAUUCGUCAGAGUCCUGGGGUCAUCUACUAUGUCACAGCUCAGAUCUCCAAAGGAACUCCAUCAGCCUCAGAGGAAUCAACAGAACAUAGAGACACAUCACAGUCUCCCCCAUCACAGGUGUCACAUGUCAAUGCUUCUGACCAAUGCCAAAGCCAGCUGCAGGUAUCCACUAACAAAUUUGGCCCCCUCAAAUGUAGGGGCCCAGCCGGCUCUUCUACCACUCUACAACAAAAUCAGCUGUCUCGUUCAGCCUCGUUGAAGUCAAAUCCACCCUCUCCAUUGGAAGGAGUUCCAGCUAGCCCAACCAAAGGGAAAGUUCAUGUGGUUAAGGCUGCUCACGUGCAGGUUAGCACAGAGGAGAGGGUAGAGUCUCCAACAGCAAUUUGCUCACCAGUCUCUUUUGAAAACACUGCACCAAUUCUUCCUAAAGCAAUCCCUGUUGGGACAGAUUUAGCAAAUCAUAAACUUAUAUUUGGUUCAUCCAAGGUGAAAGAAAAUAAAUUUGAGGAAAUAGAGGAAAAUAAUGAGGCCUCUCUCAGUCCCGAUCUGUCAGGAGAGGAGCCACCUCCGCCUCCUCCUGAUAACUUUGCCUUUAUGAUCACUAACACCAAGGUACAAGCCCUUUCCACUGGAGAAUACCAUCAGCUAGUCAAGGCCAAGAAAGGUAGUGUGCAGACAGUAACUUUUGGCAGCAAACGACCAAGUGCUUCUGGAAGUGGCAUGGCAUCAGGAGGUGAUGCCAGUACCAAUGGUCCCACUGGUGCAGACAACGCCAGUAAAAAGCCAGUCAUCAUCAUCUUUGAUGAGCCCAUUGAUAUCCGCUCAGCUUAUAAACGUCUCUCUACUAUCUUUGAAUGUGAGGAGGAGCUAGAGCGGAUGCUUGCAAAAGAAAGAAUAGAUGAGGAGAGUGAGGAAACUGAGGAAGAAGAAUGGACUAAGGGAGUGCAGGUCAAGCAGAAAGGAGUAGGUAGGGAUUCUGGAAAAAGUACUGGUUCAAAUUCUCCUGCAGAUAUCACAGAUAGUCAAGUCAGGAACUGUUCCUCAUCCUCGUCUUUAUCAGAGGGAGGGGCAUUAGUAGAUGUUACUGGUGAUGCAAAACAAGAUGGAAAGAAGAAGUUCAAAUUUAAGUUCCCCAAGAAACAGCUAGCAGCAUUAUCGCAAGCCAUUCGAGCUGGAAGUAAAACAGACAAAAAGACUUUGCAGGUUGUCGUGUAUGAGGAUGAGGAAGAGUCAGAUGGGACUGUCAAACAACACAAAGAGACCAAGAGGUUUGAAAUUGCUUGCUCCAAAACAGAGUCGUUAAAAUCAAAUCAGCAGGAGCCUAAUGGGCGAACUGACCAAAUUCGUAAGAAUACCUACAAAACCCUCGACAGUCUAGAGCAAACCAUAAAGCAGCUAGAGAACACCAUUUGCGAAAUGAGACCGAAGUCUACGGAAGAGCCUGAAAAUUUGGUGAACCCUGGAACUCAGGACAACAAGACUGAAGAGAGUCCAGGGCACUCAGAGAAGGGACUUUCUCCCAAAACAUUGGUCCCCAGGUCGACUUUAGCCAGUAAAGGUCCUGGUCUACGAAAGAAGACAAAACCACAGCUCCUUCCUCGGCCUGCCGUCAUACCAACUACUGGGGUCUCAGUCACACCAGUUCCCACCCAGCAGAAUGCCAGCGUGGUCUCGCCUACUAGUCGGAUGCCGGUGCCUGUUUCUGCCAAGGUGCGGCAGCAACCGGGCACCUCAGAGAAAGAGAGGGCAACAAAACCGCAAAAGCUACAGGACUCUCAGAGGCAGUUCCGCCAGGCUAAUGGAAGUGCUAAGAGAUCUGGAGGAGAUCCCAAAUCAUCUUCUCCUACCGUGCCUGCUUCUAAAAUUCCUGCUUUUUCCUCUAGUACGGGAAAAGGCUUGUCCCAGUCUGAUUCUACUAAUAUUGUUCAUUCUUCUCCUUUGUCUUCCUCCGUUCCCACUAGCAAAUCUUCAAUCCCUCCUCCUCGAUCCAGUUCCACCCCCUCCUCUCAUAUCCCCUCCCUUUCUAAUGGUUCUUUAAAACUUGCCCCUCCCACUCACAGCACUAAAGGCCUCUCUAUUCCCACGCAGACACAAAACGGUCGACCUUCCUCCUCUUCUUCCUCUACCUGUUCCCACUCCCCUUUGUCCCCGACUAUGUUGAGUCAGAGUGCGAAGAGUAUCCGUACCAUUCACACACCCAGCUUCACCAGCUACAGUCGGCCACACAACGGAAAUGCCGGUAAAUCAGCUAUUCCCACGGUAACUCUCGCUAAGGAUGCUGCAUAGAAUGCUUCGCAACCAUUCAUGUAUCUCUUAAUGAGGUGGAGUCACUCCCGAUUUUACUAUUUUACUGAUUCAUUUUUAAGUUAAGAUUUUAUUUGUUUAAACCGAUAAUGCUGUUCUAUCAGAGUGAACUUUGUUUUGGCUUGACUUUGGUUAUUGCAUGUUAUUAUUUUAUCUGUUAAAGUGAAAGGCCAUCAUCCAUCAAUCAGUGUUUUACACUUGAAUCUCUGCAAAUCUUAAACGUAUAAAAAGAUAAACUGUUUUAUUUUAAAAACAAAAGAAAAUGAUGUAAUUGCAGAGAGCAGGCUCUUGAUCAAGGAUUUUACAGAGCUCUUCAUUUGAAAAGAAUAUUUAUUUUUCAUACAAGUUGAGAGACUGAAAAGUAUUCAAGUCAGUAGUUAAAGUAUGUAAACAAUUUUUUGGUUAUUAGUACCCUCUAAAUGAUUGUAUAUGUUUUUUUUGUUUUUUUUUAAGUUGACAGACGUUGGUUGUAGCCAUAAUAAUUGAAAAAGUACUGUAAGUAUAUUAACCAUUAAUACAAUUUGACAAACGUUGUGUCUGUUUUUUUUUUUCUUUUCUCUCAUGCACUGCCAAUGUCUUUAAGAUUUAUCAUUAUAAAUCAACAAGAGUUUUGCAAAGAACUGUUGUCUGUCUUUUCAGUAGUUUUGCCUAUUUACCAAAGUUUGUAUUUCACAUCUUUACAGCUGACUAUACAUACUGUGUUAGACACUUUGUAUAUUUAGGAUAGGUUAUAUCUGGCUUAACCUAGCUGUAUCACAGUUCCUUGAUUUACUCAUGCAGUUUAUGGCUCUUAAAUGAAUGAGUAUUGAUGUCUAAAUGUAAACUAAAAUUGUAGUGAUUGAUACGAUUGCUCUCUACUUCACAUGUACAUACUGUAACAUCUCUAUUUCAGAGACUGUCUUUAGUUUUGUUAACAUAUUGUACCAAAGUUUAUUUCUAUGCAUGCCUAUACAAAAUUGUAGAAAGAGAGAAUGUUAUAGAAAAAAAAUCAUGCUUGCACAGACAGAUUUUGUAAAUAAAUAUGUUUUCUUGGGUUUUGUAUAGCUUUAAUUGCAGAAGCAAUCUGUGCAAAAAAAAUGUGUAGGUAUUAAAGUAGUAAAGUUCUGCAUGCUUGUUGUUCACAUGGCCUCUCGGCUAUGGUUUCCCCACUGCAACACUGCAAGUCCUUCUAUUAAACAUUUUGGCAAAUA